UAAAUAAAAAAGAUAAGAUAAAAAACGGAAAUGGCACAUAUUACCGGAAACCUCCUGUCUGUUUGAAAUAUUCAGAGUGCUACACUUCGAUCACGUGACCCGACCAAAAUGGCGCUGUGCUGUGCAAUCAGUAAUGAGGUUCCUGAGCAGGCAGUCAUCUCUCCGGUGUCAGGACAUAUUUAUGAACGACGUCUGAUUGAGAAGUACAUCAAAGAAAAUGGCUCUGAUCCAAUGAAUGGGGAAAAGCUGGGGAUUGAAAUGCUGGUUGAUGUGAAGGCAUCACCACUUGUAAAACCCAGACCUCCCUCUGCAACAAGUAUUCCAGCAAUACUCAAAGCUUUGCAAGAUGAAUGGGAUGCUGUCAUGUUACACAGUUUCACUUUGAGACAGCAACUGCAGACAGCCAGACAAGAAUUGUCCCAUGCUCUUUAUCAACAUGAUGCCGCGUGUCGUGUGAUUGCCCGUCUCACUAAAGAAGUCACAGCUGCAAGAGAGGCUUUGGCCACUCUCAAGCCCCAGGCAGGCAUCACAGCUGGUGCCUAUGUGGCUCCCGCUCCACAACCGACAUACGGUGCAGAAGCUGGACCAGAGUCUGCCAUUCAACCAAUGGAGGAGACCGGCAUGAGUGAUGAAGUACUACAGAAGUUGCAAGACAAAGCCACACUUCUUACAGCCGAGAGGAAAAAGAGAGGUAAAACCGUGCCAGAGGGACUGGUAACUACAGAAGACAUCAAAUCCUAUAAACAGCUGGCCUCCCAUACUGGAUUACAUAGUGCCAGUGUACCGGGAAUAUUGGCGCUGGACAUUUGUUUGAAGGACACAUCCAAAAUUGUUACAGGUGGCAAUGAUAAAAAUGCAGUGGUAUUCAACAAGGACACUGAGCAGGUCAUGGCCAUUCUCAAAGGUCACUCCAAGAAGGUUACAAGUGUUAUCUAUCACCCAGAAGAUGAACUUGUGUUUACUGCGUCCCCUGAUGCCACCAUUCGUGUCUGGGGAGUGGAGACUGCCCAGUGUGGCCAGGUGAUCAGAGCUCACGACGCCCCAGUAACAGGAAUCAGUCUGCACGCCACGGGCGAUUACUUGCUUAGCUCAUCCACUGACAUGCACUGGGCUUUCUCUGACAUCAGACAAGGACGAGUAUUGACCAAAGUUAGUGAUCCCUCCUCUCAGCAUGCUCUCACCUGCGCACAGUUUCACCCUGAUGGACUUAUUUUUGGAACCGGUACUGAAGACUCUAUGAUCAAGAUUUGGGAUUUGAAGGGGAGACUGAAUGUGGCUAACUUCCCUGGUCACCAGGGCCCAAUUACCAGCAUUGCUUUCUCAGAAAAUGGAUACUACUUGGCAACAUCAGCUGAAGACUCUGUCGUCAAAUUGUGGGAUUUGAGGAAACUGAAAAAUUUCAAGACCCUUCAGUUGACAGACAAAUAUGAGGUGAGGUCCCUUGCUUUUGACCAGAGUGGAACUUACUUAAGUGUGGCAGGAUCAGAUGUCAGAGUGUACCUUUGCAAGCAGUGGCAGGAGUUGAUUUCUUUCAACGACCACACAGCCAUGGCCACUGGAGUAAGGUUUGGUCACAACGCCACAUUUGUCGCUUCAGCAAGCAUGGAUAGAUCUGUCAAAUUCUUUGGAAUGUCUUGAAAGAAGAGAGUCUUGUGAAUUGUGAAAGAGUAGACAUGUUUUAUAAAUUUUGUAAUAACCUUUGUCAUUGUUCAUGUGAUAAAGCAUUUUACAUUGUUUUUAUUUUAAAUGUCGGAGAAAAAAAGAAUGGCCACUUAACUGGUUUUUCCUUAAUGUACAUGUAUUCUUCAUUUUCAAGCCAUUGAAACCAUUUUCAUAUAUAGUGUUGGCUCAUGAUUGGUUAAAUGUGUCAUGUAUAUUAUACCCCAACACGCAUACAAAAUUGGUCUGCUAUUGUAAAAUACAUGUUUUACUGAAUAAAAAUACCACUGUA